CUGUUGUGAUGGUUGAGGGAGGAAGAUUUCAGGGUCCGUAGGGGAUACAGUUGUGGGUUAUUGGGGUUCCUGUUGUGCUGUUAACACAGGAACAGCCAAUACUGCGCCAACCCGACAAAACGAAAACGAAGGAGAAGGGAAAAGCGAUUGAAAAUGGCCAGCAACGACAAGGUGCCCGAGCAAAGACCGUCUGCGAGUGCUGCUGCUGCUGCUGCCAGUCAGCAAGAUGACGAGCCGGAUGAAUGGGACAAGCGGAUCUUCAGCACUGGGUGCGCCGACGAGAAUGCCAAGUUGACCGACUGUUACUAUGAGAAGAAGGAUUGGAGGCUGUGCAAGAACGAAAUGGAGAGAUUCAGGCAGUGCUGGAAGCUCCAGGGCAACGAUAAGCGUACGGACACCAAGGAUGCAUAAGCAACCCCAACUUGUAUGCACCAGGUAAUCCCAUAGUUGCCGAAGUAAAUACAGAGACCGAAAAUAUCCCAUCAACAAA